GUUUGUGAUUGGGUAUGUGUUUUCAGUUCAGGAGGGUGAUAGAGGUUGAACCACCGAGUCCUCUUCGCUACAUAAUCGGAGCAGCGAUCAUGAUGAUCGGCGUCGUAUUACCCGUCGGAUUCAUGAUGUUCCGUAACAAGCGUGUUCCCUCCUCUUCCUCUUACUCCAAACAGACGUAGGUCUAUAUGUAUAUAUGUAUUGUAGUUAUU